CCCCACGGACGCACACUCUUCGAAGAGCGCUCCAUAGUGUUUGCAAUCUGGUAGUGCACAUAUAAAUACGCUUCAGUCCCAUUGAAAAACAAACGGCACUCGCCCCUGUGUAUCACUUUCAAUAUCACGGACCAUGGCGGCUGCUACCAGCAGCAAUACUACCGCAGCCAGUCUACCAAUAAAGCAUUCCAGCAUCGAACAUGCACGAAAACGCAUAGAUCCACGGAGAAGACAGGCGGCCCUUUCUUUCCUCAGCAAUAUUUCUUUGGACGGACGACCAGUGCAAGAUGACGGCGACAAUCAGGGCGACGAAGACGGUUCUGUUGAGGCAAGGACUAGACAGAGCCUGGUUUCUGCAGAGCGGGCAAUGUACCCGGCUAGUGCUGCAGCGACGGCGGCCCAGGCAUUCGCUGCUGCAAACCAGGCUCUCAUGUUGAACGCUCGUGGGAGCUUCGGGAUAAGUCCGCUCGCAGCCCCUAUUUGUGCGAAUCCGGAAGGCGAUGCAUUCGCCUGUGGGGUACACGCGGCUGGCCAGGCUGUUUUUAGUUCUCCGUUCUCCGCAGUGCCAGUAGCGACAAGGGGAAGGCUGCAGACGUACACUCAGGGAAUUUUACCCGUCACCUUCACCAGGCAAGCAUCUCAGAACUACUGCUGCCUGGAAAGUGGGCAGAUCGGCAACGCUGCCUUGGAACUGCAAAGGUCCAGACGAAGACUCAUAUCCCAACGCUCGUCCCUGGAAACUCUGGAGGACAUUGAGGAGAAUGCACCACUGCGCAGAUGCCGAACUCUGUCGGGUUCACCCAGACCAAAGAGCUUCAAGAAGGUUCACUUCAUCAAGAACAUGAGACAGCAUGACACACGCAAUGGAAGGAUAGUCCUUAUCAGUGGCAGAAGAUCCCUCUGUAGUGUAUUAUCUGUCCUGCCUUAUCGAGAUUGUAGCCAAGCAGGGGACAUGAAACUGGAUGGCAGUGGGCGCCAGCGACAUCCCUCGGGUGGGGUCAGUGCCAAGGAGAUGGUGAUCGGGCUAGAAGGAGUAGAACUGGGUGCUGACGGAAAGACGGUGUCCUACACCCAGUUCCUAUACCCUACCAACUCCCUCAGUGGCCGCAGGAACACCAUCGACUCCACCUCCUCCUUCUCCCAGUCCCGCAACGCCAGCCAUCGUAGCCUCAGCCUGGGUCGUGCCAACAGCAACCAGAGCAGCAUCGACACAGGAAAUGAGAUGGGGGACUGCUUUGAAUACGACCCUAAUCUGCUGGACGACCCUCAGUGGCCUUGCGGGAAACAUAAAAGGGUGCUGAUCUUCCCAUCGUACAUGACUACGGUCAUUGAGUACGUCAAGCCCUCCGACCUCAAGAAAGACAUGAAUGAGACCUUCAAGGAGAAGUUCCCUCACAUCCGACUGACCCUCAGCAAGAUCAGGAGCCUGAAGAGAGAGAUCCGAAAGCUGGCUCAAGAGGACUGUGGCUACGAGGAGCCCACAGUCGCCAUGGCCUUUGUCUAUUUCGAGAAGCUGGCACUGCGAGGCAAGCUGAACAAGCAGAACCGCAAGCUGUGCGCCGGUGCCUGCAUGCUGCUCGCCGCCAAGAUUGGCAGUGACCUCAAGAAGCACGAGGUCAAGCACCUGAUAGACAAACUGGAGGAGAAGUUUCGGAUGAAUCGGCGGGAGCUGAUCGCCUUCGAGUUCCCCGUGCUGGUGGCGCUGGAGUUCAACCUGCACUUGCCGGAGCACGAGGUCAUGCCCCACUACAGACGUCUCCUGCAGAGCUCCUAGCCCUGGCUCUCAAUCAGGAGAGCUGCCCUCUUCUGAUUAUGAGGUCACCAAGGCUCUGCCCUCUUCUGAUUAUGAGGUCACCAAGGCUCUGCCCUCUUCUGAUUAUGAGGUCACCAAGGCUCUACCCUCUUCUGAUUAUGAGGUCACCAAGGCUCUACCCUCUUCUAAUUUUGAGGUGUCCAAGGCUCUGGCCUCUUCUGAUUAUGAGGUCACCAAGGCUCUGGCCUCUUCUGAUUAUGAGGACACCAAGGCUGUACCCUCUUCUGGUUUUGAGGUCACCAAGGUUCUACCCUCUUCUGAUUUUGAGAUGUCCAAGGCUCUGCCCUCUUCUGAUUUUGAGGUGUCCAAGGCUCUGCCCUCUUCUGAUUUUGAGGUGUCCAAGGUUCUGCCCUCUUCUGAUUUUGAGAUGUCUGAGGCUCUGCCCUCUUCUGAUUUUGAGGUGUCCAUGGCUCUGGCCUCAUCUGAUUUUGUGGUUCCUGAGGCGCCAUCCUUACCCGAUCUAGGGCUUCACAAGAACCCACUGUACUCAGAAACCCUUUUCUUUGAGUUUCCACCUGCUCCAGAUUAUAGAAUCCCAGAGAAGCCCUACCCUGCAAUGUAAAAUUCUACAUUUUUCUACAAAUUCCUACUCUUUCCUGAGUUACAUGCUCCUGAGACUCAUACCCUCAAGUCACCUCUCAGAACAACAGUUGGGAAAAUUCACAGAGAUUUGCUGAGAACAAAUUUAUUCAGAUAAUUUGUGGACAAGGAACAACAAACAGUGGUGCAAGAAUUGACGAGCUGGCCAUCAUUUGACUGUUUCCCUUUAAUGUACACUUAUUUUAUUCAGGAAUUGGUUUUGUAUGUUUUUAACAUUCUUACAGAUUUUUGUUCAGGCAGUGGUGUUGGUAAGGAGCUUACAAGUUUCUGAGUGGUGAAUGUGACUGCUUCUUUACAUUUUCAAAGAGUUGCAAAUGGUUGUAAGCAGCAGCUUUUUUUAACUGGGAGUAAGUCAUAGAUUAAGGCCUUCUUCACCAGCAAGCCACUGUUUUGUGAACCAUGGGCCAGAUUUACUAAAGGAAAAACAGAACACUACACACACGGUUCAAUGUUUAAUCCACUUGCUGUUGUGAGGUUUAUAACCUUUAAUUAACCAUUAACAACUUUCAGAUAAAUAUCCGUCUUACUUGUAACCAAUAAACUAGUUACAGUAUGCAGAAAAGGUAGCAACAGUCACCUUAAAGAAACAUUCUGGUAGCAGAAUUACAUUACCAAGUAUUGCAUAACAAAGUAGAUGGUACCUUUCCUUGCACAAGACCAUUUAAUAUGCAGGAAAAGAUUGCCAUAUGUAUGCUGGGGAAAUACAACUGCAGUGUGUAAGAAUAUAAAAGAUAAAUGCUUCCAAGUCACAUGAUAUAAAUGUUAGCGAAAUGCAAAUGACAGCUGACUAAAUAUUUUAAAUUGUGCAGGACUUUAUAAGGAAAACAGUUUUUUAUUAAUUUAAUCCAGUGCAUUCAGCUAUCAAUCACAUAAUCCGCACUAUCACUAAAUAUGUUCAGGAUUUUUAUUUUACAUCACUGCCUAUAUAUUGGUAAAUAUAUUAUUGAGGUUUGACAUAAAAUUUCUCUUACCUCUUUCUUAAACAGUUUUAAGGAGAAAGAUUUCAUGCACCACGGAAUGUAUUAUAUUGAUUAAUACUUAUCAGAAUUAUAUAACACAAGAUGUGGGCAAGCUCUAACAAAUGAUCAUUUAUGUUACAGCAUUGCAGAACUAGUGAAAAUUAAUUUUAUUUUACACAAUUUGUUGAUUUAAAGAAAGGAUGGGUUUAUGUGGAGCUUCCAAUGCUCAAAUGUCUGUAUAAAUUAGGUAAAUUUAUGCACUAAAAGCUGUUGACCAUCUUUUGCUUUCAGAGUGCUGAAUUAACAUUUAUUUGAGGGUGCAGUUUUCUUAUAAACCAAAAAAGACCCACUCAAAGAACACGUAUUCUAGCUGCAUAUUACAGGUGUUGUCUUCUCAGAAGACUGAAAGGAAAAACAGUCUUUAUUUAGUCAAAUUUAUAUGUUGUUUUUGUUGUGGCAGUAAUCCAAAUAUAUUGUUUAAGUGACUGAAUAAUGUAUCUCAAAUGGCUUGAUUCAUUUCAGAAGUUAUAAAACCUACCGUAACAUUUUUUUGUGGAAAAAAAACAUUGUAUUGCAAUUUACAUUAAGCAUGUCCUCUUAUCUCAGACAUCACAAAGGCUGUGCAGUGAGCUUUGGGAGCUUGAGACAGAUUUUAUCUAAAUCCUUGUCUGAAAUCAAAAAAUAAUGACAAGUAGCCAAGAGCAUUAAUGGUAAUGUUCAUAUACUUUAUUUUAUUAAACUGGUCCUUCCUGCUUGCAUCAGCAGGAUAAUUUGUUAUCUGGUCAACCAUGGCAUUACAUAUAUUGUGCUUUAGUAGGUUCAUCCCAGUAAUACAUUGAUUUAUAAAUAAUAAUAUAAGCAUAAGAAUUUAAGUCAAGUCAUUUUUUUAUUUGUACAUAUAAUGUACUGUGUCUCAUUUGCAUUCCCCUGUUUUGCACUAUGCUAACUGUCACGACUCUCACAUGACCUUUUAGUAAAUAUUGGCCCUCCUGUCAUUUAUUAUUAUUUUUAAUAUGAUAAUUCUGCUUUUUGUUUUGUUCUUUGGUGCCAAAUUUGGACCAGUAGCCAAAGUUGACUGAUUUUUAGUGUUUAAUGCUUAUUAUUUUAAUGUAUAAGUUAUUUAUAGUCUGACUUGAUGAGUUGCCUUUGAGCUCUUAUAAAGAUGAAGGGAGAUCUGCAUUGAAGGCUACAGCUAUAUUGGAUGUGACUGUUAUUGUUCACAGUGAUUUUUCUUUUGGGUGCAUAUUCCUCUUUCAGCUUCCCUUGGCUAAAUGUGCACUUUUUAUGGGUACCAUGGAGAUGGAUGUUGCCUGCUGAGAUCCGCGGUGGGGGUGCGGAAGUGUUUCCUAAUUAACGGUGCACUUUGAAAAAUGGCUUGUGAUAUAUUUUAGCUUAUCUGAACAAAUUCCCCCAGACAUACUCAUCUAGGUUGUCUCGAUUUAAGUCCACCACAUCAAUCGCUGUUUUUACUGUAUAUUUCAUGGUCAUUCCAGUCUUUACAGCCAGCAGCUUUACUUCUGGAUUGGUGGUUUAGUGGCAGGCACAUUUUUACAGGGAAAGACUGCUGAAUGUUUAGUAAUGGGGAUUUCAUACAUUAUAGUACCUUUCAGUACUCAAACUUUUCUACCGGCUUUCCAAGCUUCAUUUGAAUGUGUGGAGGCUAGAACUGCUGUUGUGUGCGUUUGAUCCUUAGCCUGUGCUCUAUGUUAGAGUGUAUUAUCGGCACGUUUAUGGUGCUAAUCUCAAGGAGGGGCAGAUACUGAGUUUAAGGGCACGUAGCUGAUGGCCAACAGCGGGGGUGUGGCCAACGUAGACAGGGCUCUGUGGGUUAUCUGAUGAUGAAUGCACUGUAAUGUCAGUCACCACAGUGGCCUACCUGUUUUCCUUUCUUAAUUUGACCAGAUUAAAUGAAAUCCCAAUCUUAAAGUUCAAAGUUCAAGACAGUUCUAGGUAGAGUGAAACCCUGCCUACUUCUUUCCAAAAGGACAGAUAAUGACCUGAUUUCAGGAAUUUCAAUUGCAGCUCAGUUAUGACAAUGAUGUACUUUGCACUAGCAAUCUGUCAUCACUAUAUUAUGAGGUGAAUUCUGGGCAUGCUUUGUCAUACUGAACUUUUUAGUAUUUUUAGUUCAGAGCAAUUGAAAACCAUUGCCUUCAACUAGGUUGGUACCAUUUACCAUACACCAGUCCUGUUCUUCACUCGUAGGGUUUUGUUAGUAGCUUAUACAAUCAUAAUCUACAAUCAGUUCUCUUCGGAAUGUUAUAUGUUUCAAAAUGCCAAAUACUCUCUGUUCUUUUAGAUAAGCCCCAUAGUAUUGGUAGGCGGUGCUAAGAUCACCUUGGAGGGCUUUGAGUUUGAUCUUACGACUUGAGAGUGUGCUGUCCGCAGCAUCUUUUCUGCAAAUGUGUUUAUUUCUUAUUUACAUGUAGAUAAGACUGUGUGUGGUAGAGGUGUGGAGAGUAACAGUGGACCAGCUGUGUGUUAAACACUUAAUCGCACAGGGCACUCUUCAUUAAAGUGUGAAUGUAGGUGGUAGCUUUCUCAUAAAUUCAAAUCGGAGCUCUUAGAGAGAACAUGACAGCGAAUGCACACAGAGAUGUAAAUUAAUCCUAAGAAACUGAAAUGAGCCUGACUUGUGGAGAAUCUCAUUGCUUGGCCCUUUAGACAAGAGUUGGCCUCUGGGUGUGCACUUUAGGAUUUGUGAGGAAGCAAACUGAUUCCGAAUUUCUUGAAAAAAUAUUGCGUGCGUGUGUAUGUGUGCGUGUGUGUGUGUGUACAUAUGCUUCUUUGCUUGUACAAUAAAACAAGGUGUUGAAAUUGUU